UUGAGCAUUUUCGUCAGCGCCCGCGCGAUCAACGUCACUUAGAAACUAAAUUAGUACAAAUGUGAACAGUCGUUUUUCGGUCUAGUAAGAUGCAAUAUAGAUAUUGUGUUCGUGAGUUCCCUUAAUUUGUUGUUUUAUUGAUUAAAUUGUGACUGGAAUACAUACACACUUGCAAACAUCAUCGUAGAGCAAAAAGGAGCGUGAAACCAACAAUUACUGGCGCGCAAAUAUACAAAAAAAUACCUUCGCACAGAUCCGCAAACACACAUACGCACGUACAUACAUAUAUAUAUAUAUAUAUUGCUUAUGUAUAUACGUAUAUUCAGUUCUGUCCAACAACAAAAGCCGUUGCUAAUUUUUGCUUAGACGCUAAAUGCUAAAUGUCUCAAAUAUAGUACAAAGGAAAUAAAACCAGCCAGAGACCACAGAUUCACGCCCACACACACCUUCUGAAAGCCGCCGCCCCUCCCUUACAUUUUUUACGUGCAGCUGGAUUUGAAAAACAAAAAAAGACAGCUAAUCUUUACGCGUCAUGGCCUGUCGAAUGGAGAAUAACAGCAGAGCCAGCGGUAGUGGCAACGGCGAUGCACUGCCCACAUCUUCACUUAACGGUGCCAUUACUGAUAAGAUGGCGACGAUGAAUCUAGACAGGUCUGAAACAACAACAACAACCAUGCGUAGUAAUGGCAAGCAUAAACCACCGAUGGAGGAGCUAGCACAACUCCUGCAGCAACAGGAGCAGCAAUCCCCACAGGAAUUGCAACAACAACCACAGCAACAGCAGCAGACACCGCAAAAACAGGCCAUGUCUGCGGAUGAGCGAAAGGCUACCAAGAAAUCUCUAGUCAUUGUUGCAGCAAUAUUCGUUGCCAGUGUGGCGACCAUGUGCUAUGUCUAUGCAAUAUUUCCCGAAUUGAAUGAGUCUGAGAAGCAACAUUUGAAAAUACCGCGUGAUAUACAAGAUGCUAAAAUGCUGGCCAAAGUCCUCGAUCGCUACAAGGAUAUGUAUUACUUUGAAGUGAUGUUCGGCGUAGUUGUCGCCUAUGUAUUCCUACAAACAUUCGCCAUUCCCGGUUCACUAUUCCUGUCGAUUUUACUCGGCUUCCUUUACAAGUUCCCCAUCGCCCUGUUCCUGAUCUGUUUCUGUUCGGCGCUGGGGGCCACACUCUGCUACACACUCUCAAAUCUGGUGGGACGGCGCCUUAUCCGUCACUUCUGGCCAAAGAAGACCAGUGAAUGGUCGAAGCACGUGGAGGAGUAUCGGGACAGUCUCUUCAACUACAUGCUGUUCCUGCGCAUGACACCAAUUUUGCCGAAUUGGUUCAUCAAUCUGGCCUCGCCCGUUAUCGGAGUGCCGUUGCACACCUUCGCCCUGGGCACGUUCUGCGGUGUGGCGCCGCCCUCGGUGAUCGCCAUACAGGCAGGCAAAACCUUACAGAAGAUGACCAGUUCGAGUGAGGCCUUCUCCUGGACCUCGAUGGGGAUACUGACGGUGUGUGCCUGCGCAUCUCUCCUGCCCGGACUCCUAAAGAACAAGUUUAAGAAGAAGGAGGCGUAAAUGCAUUAACGGGGGCUAAGGAGGGGAUGCACAUGCCAUACCCACAUGCCCAUACCAUAUACCGAUUGACCCGAGCGCCUGGGACUGGGACACUCGACUGCGCGAAUAUACCACAUCCAAGGAUCCAACGAUGCUGGCGUGUUGGAGUUUCCCAAAAUGCUAUUUCCAAAAACAAAACAAAAAAUCCAAACAAAAAUCAUAAACUGUAUUUAUACACGCCGUAUAUUUUGUAAUUAAACGAUCGAAGGAUCUAUUUUUUAAA